AUGGAGGUGCAUCUGUCGAAUCUGUUGGGUAAGCUGAGUAUAGGUAACGGUGCAACGGAUCUUUGUGACUUUUCUCUGGCGGAGCAAAAUGCCCUCAGUGAGGCACAUGGUAUAACACCCAGCACUAGCCCGGACUACUUGCCAAUCCUCGGCAAGAGUGUCAACUACAUUGUAGCAUUUGUCCUCGUCAAUGAUGCCAAUGAAGUGCUCAUGAUGCAGGAGGCACGUGAAUCUUGCCGUGGCAAGUGGUACCUUCCUGCGGGGAGAAUGGAACCAGGGGAGACAAUUGUGACUGCAGCUGCGAGGGAAGUAUUGGAGGAGACUGGCCUUAUUGUGGAGAUUACGACACUCUUGCUCGUGGAAACAGCCGGAGGCUCUUGGUUUCGCUUUGUUGUGACGGGUGAGAUUGUGGGUGGAGACCUGAAGACACCCGAACAAGCAGACAGUGAAUCUCUACAAGCCGCAUGGGUGGCGGAUGUGUCGAAAAUGAGCCUCCGCAGUCAAGACAUUGUUGCACUCAUCAAUUAUGGUCGCCUAUACAAGAACAGCAUUGCUGUAGCCCUGGGUCCACGAACAAUGCUUCCCCAGCCAAAAGCCCACACGAAGAGCCAUUUGAGACUCGUGAUGGCCAUCAAGAAGCGCGCUACAAAUCGAUUCCACAUCCUCUACAGCGAGAAACAAACCUCACACUACCCUACCGUUGAGAUUCAUCCUGAGCGAAGUAUCUACUCCACCCUCAUUAAGUUCAUGAAAGAAAUCUUUGGAGCAGACCUACCACAGCACAAACCACAGGGACUAUUCUCCAUAGAACACUCACCAUCGGAGGCAGCUAGUACAGCAACAGAUGGAAUCUGCCUGACGAUCCUCGUGCUCUUUCGACCACCCCUAGAGGAGGUCUCUUUGAUUGGAAAGUACGUCUGGGAAGAACUGUCCCCGGAGGCGAGUCACGAGAUGGAGAAACUAAUUACCGCUAAACACGCUCUAAUUGGAUUGAGUGUGCUCAGAUAGGCAGUCUAAGAGUGACGCUUUAAAAUACAUAUUUUGAUACCAAAAUAGAGAAGAAAAAAUAUAUAUAUACAAAAAAUUGCAUGCUCUGCGCCCCCCCAAGAACUAACACACCUGCCCAUUGAGUAAAUUCAGCUGAAAUCUACCGUUUUGGUGCUAAUUGCAUUGAACAAAUACUCGCGGUACUUGUAGACCUUAUGUUCGACUGUUGAAUAAAUAUAUGUAUUUAAUGAGA